UAGAGAGCCGAUCGGCACUUUCUCUGUCUAAAGUUUUACCCUUUCCUUGAUUAAUUAAUUAAAGAAUUAAUAAAAUUGCCUUUUUCAGUUACAGUUGAAGGUACAACCCAUGGAAGCGUCCUCCAGGAGCCGCUCCUCCGGUGGUACAACCUUCCACAGCCACUUCCAGCGUUCCCUAUCGCCGUCGGGGCGGUUCUGCGCCUCCUCCAUCUACACGUCGCCGUCGCCGGCGUUCUCCGCGCGAUCCGAUCCGGUGAUUUUAUCCCGAUCCACAAGCCCGACGCGCGUGAGCCUCGGCAGAUCUGUAUCGCCUUCGUCGUCGAUUAGGUUUUCGUCGCCGCGGAGGCAUCCGAUCGCCGCCUCGCACCACCACCAAAAGCAGAGCCACCGAUCGCUGAAUCCAGGGGCGAAGAAGACGUGUAUGUGUUCUCCGACGACGCACCCUGGCUCCUUCCGGUGCAGCCUGCAUAAGAACAGCAUAGUCCCCGGCUACACCUCCUCCACCGGCGCCAAUACGUCGUCGUAUCGGUCGAGCCAUCAAUUGAAUAUGCGGCGGUCGGCGAUGACCAAUUCCUUGGUUCGAAUCGGCACCGUUGAAGGCGAUUUGGUGAAGCGCGCCCUAGCGCAGCUGAUCCGGCCGUCGUCGCACAGCUUGCGCCGCCGCGGCGACUUCCAGCCGAAGCCGAGCCGGCUUUCCUCGAUGUCUAAAGCCGAUGACGAUUUAUAGCCGAGUUUGCGUAGGCGUGAAGUGGUUUUUUGUACAUAAAGAAGUCUGACUCGGUGAGUUGACUCAGUGAGUCGUGACUCGGGCUCUGUGUUGUGGAAAUUUUUGGUUUUAAAAAUGAAAACCCCUAAAUUUCUGAGUAGUUCCCUAAUAGCCAAGAACUCACUCUGCCAUGGUGGUUUUCAUUUUCAUUGGAAUGAUGAAUAUUUGUGAUUAUAGAUAUGAUACAGCAGUGUUGUUGGGGAUUUGAUUGAUGAUCCCAUAUGAACAUUUGUUGGAUUUUGUUUAUUGAUAUGUCAGAUUCUUUUGAUUAAUUUGUUGUAGCAGAAAUUGGAUCUGACAUUGUUGAAUUGAAUUGUUGUUGGUAUGGUUGGGUUCA